AUGGGAAUGCAUGUACGAGGCGGUUCACAAUGGAAGCAACAAACGAGACGAGAGACUUCAGGUCCAUUGAGACGCGCCUGUCCAGCAUCGGGUGCGACAUGGAAUGUUCAAGUUGUACGUGGAAAAAUGAGUACGAGAUGUUUAUGGCAUGCAUGUCGAGCAUUGAUGGUUGGAAUUUUACUGAUGGUAAUUGGAGCUUCAAUGGCCACAAUUGGCUACUAUUCACAAGAUUUUGCACUAGGUGAAUUUCGACACAAUACAACAAUUCGUGUUAAAAAUGAGCAGCGAGGAUUGCACUUAAAUAAUUUAUCCUAUCUGGGACCUAUUAUUAUGGGCGUUGGAGGCUUCAUCGUGGUAGCAUCGUGUGUUAUGACAUUUGAGGCUCGCGAUUCAGCAGCAAAGGUUGUUCCAGCACGCUUUAAAUUAAGUACGAAUUCAAGGGGUCGCAAUAGUGGCCCAGGAAGUCGACGGACAACGACGAGUAAGAAAGUUUUUCGCGUGCAAUCGUCGGAUAGCAGAAAAACAUCAACAGGUCAAUCGGGUCGAUGGGAGCAACAUUUAGGGCUGUUUAAAAGUUCACCUGGGAGUGAUUUGCCAGCGGAUAGACAUGCCUUAACAGCAGCGCUAAUUCAUUUUUCAAGAACACUCGGUUUAAUUACAAACAAUUUAGAGAGUUAUAAUUAUAUUCUUCAGGAACUAAAAUUCAUUACCAUUGCAAUUAUCAAUAAUUAUAGCUCAUACUCUUUGAAAUUGAAGCUCAUUAAGAAAAUUCAAUUCAGUUACAUUGAUUUAGAUCUUACUAUUUAUUUGCCUCGAAUGGAUCGUAGAGCUUUUGAUGGAUAUUUUGUGAAUAUGAUACAACAAACUAAUGUUUGCUAUCUUAUUGGUCAUGUCAAUGUCAUAAGCAUGUGCCUUGAUGUUAUGUCGAGAUCUGAGAACAUUAUGAUUAAAAUCCGAGAAACUGAAAGUAACUUGAGAUCACAAAAGUUUAUUUUGGAAGGGAAGUCUAAAUGGAAUCCAAUUAAAGCUUCUUCAAACAAUGGUUCUACAGCAAAACAAAUCAUAGAGAAUGCAGGCUUCAUAAGCGACUAG